AUGCCACCAACAACCAUCCUCAUCGUCGGCGCCGGCGCAAUCGGCGCCUUCUACGCCUCACGCCUCGCCCUCGCCCCCAACGUCUCCGUCUCGGUAAUCUGCCGCUCCAACUACACCGCCGUCUCCAGCUCGGGCUUCAGCCUGACAUCCCCCCAAUACGGAGACUACAACUUCGUGCCCGCACACACAUUCCGGGACACCGAGGAGGCACGCGCAAGCGGCAUCGCCUGGGACUACAUAGUUGUGUCUACAAAGGCGCUUCCGGACGUGAGCGACGACAGCGCCAUUCUGACGGGGCUGGUGGGUGGCGAGACGGCGAUUGUGCUGAUUCAGAAUGGGUUGGGGGUCGAGGAGCCGUAUAGGACGAGGUUUCCACAAGCCCCGAUUUGCUCGGCGGUGACGAUUGCGUCGUGUGCGCAACCGCAGCCCGGGGUGAUUGUACACAAUCGCUGGACGCGAAUCAACAGCGGGCCAUAUCUUCCUCAUCUCGACACCCUACCCAGCACCAACAGCACCACCACCAGUCCCACCACCACCAACGGCACCCCCCUCCCCACCGACCCAACCGCCAUCCACAAAAACGAAACCUUCAUCCGCCUCCUCGUCACCGGCGGCAUCAAAGACGCAACCCCCUACCCGCACUCAAAACUGCAACUCCUCCGAUGGCACAAACUCGCCAUCAACGCCUCCUUCAACCCAAGCUCCGUCCUCACCCUCUGCCCCCCCAACCACACCCUCGCCUCCGACCCGGAAUCCCGCCUCCACCUGCUCGCCACCAUGCACGAGAUCCUCGCGACCGCGCCCAAGAUCCUCGGCGAACCCAUGCCCGAGGACUUUGCGUCCCCCGAGCAAAUCAUUGCUAGUACGCUGAGGAAUACGAGUGGUAGUCGGCCGAGUAUGGCGUUGGAUUGGCUGGGUGGCAAGAGGCUUGAGAUGGAGGUCAUCCUUGGGAAUCCGAUUCGUAUGGCGAGGGAGAGGGGGUUGGAGAUGCCGCGGUUGCAGAGUUUGUAUGCGCUGGUGAGGAUGGCGCAGCAGGUUAGGGAGAGGGAGGGGAGGGAAGCGAGGGAGGAGAGGGGGGGGAGUAGGAUGUGGAUGGGUGGAUUUGGGUGUGUGUGUGUGUGUGUGUCAUUUGGCACCUUUUCCUCACUUGAAUAA